CAGGAUGUGCUGCUUCUGAUACGCCAGGGCGUGGCGAACCAGGACAAGGCAGCGGUGAAGACAGCGCUUCAGUAUGCCACGCAGAUGGGCACGCCCAUCGAAGCUCCUAUCCUGGACAUGCUUCGGCAAUGGCUGGGCGAGGACACCUUCUCUUCAGUGAUGGCCAAGUCUCCACCCACGCCGACUGUCGUCCCGGCGAAGGCUGGGGCUCCGGUGUCGGCACCGGAGCCGGUGGUCAAGGCGAAGGCUGCAGUUGCGGUGCCUGCACAGCCACCCUUGGUCGUCAUCCGCGAGGGCGUCGCCAAGCAGGACAAGGGUCUGGUGCGCGCAGCCCUUCGCAUGGCCGUUGAGCAGGGCACGCAGAUCGACAAGCCCGUCUUGGACAUGCUUCGAAAGUGGUUGUCUGAGGAGGACGAGUCGCUGAACAUCCUUGCAGCGAGAGCUGGGAUGCCGAUCCCCGAAGCCAAGGCUUCGCAGGAAGCUCUCGCUGUGUCAACCGUAAAAGCCGCUGCUCCGGCACCCGUCCUUGUGGCGGCCCGCCCACCGGCACCUACCGCUGCGGCUGCCACGGCUGCGGCGCCACUACCUCCAGGCAUCGUCCAACCACGCGAAGCAGCGCCGGUAGUAACAGAGGCCGCACCGGCGCUCCGGGAGCAAACGCCAAAGGCGACACCCGCCGAGAAGCGGCCGCCCCCACAGCCGGUGAUUCAGCGAGGUCCAAUGCUAAAGUCUGCGACGGCCUCGGCUGCUGCGCCUCCGCCCCCGGACUUGGAUGCGUCGCCCGAGUCCCAAAACGGACAUCAUGGCAUGCU